ACGGCCAUCUCGUCAGCCGCCUGUGGCACAGUGCACACACUCGUCUCAUCGGAGAAAAGUAGAUCCGGAUUAGGGUUUUAGACGGCGAUGGGUGCGGCGGGCGACGAGAAGGCUGCGGUGGCUGCGGCCGCUGCGGCCGCGGGGGCCGGUGCCGCCGAGGGCGAGGGCGCGGUGGACUCCAAGGACCUUCAGCAGCAGAGCAAGGCGCUCGACAAGCUCACUGAUCAUGUCGAGGACCGGCAGCUCGAUUCAUCCCGUGUCCAAUCCGCCAUGGCGGCACUUGCUUCAUCCAAGGAGGCUGACUGGAACGCGAUGAGGCUGAGGGAGAAAGAAUUGGCUGCUGUGAAGAUCAACCCUGCGGAUGUCGAAAUUAUCGCUAGUGAGCUUGAGCUGGACAAGAAGAUCGCGGAGAGAACGCUCCGUGAGCACAAGGGUGAUGCCGUGGCUGCGGUUCGAUUCCUGCUGCGCUAGUUCCGAGAUUUCGUCGCCAGCAUCAUAUGUUCCCCUUCAGUUCCACACAAGAGGUGAUGAUGUGAAGUGAAGCACUAGUACUUUUGUGUGCCUGUUUUGGAAGUUUGCUAUUAGAACUAUGUUGCAGAAAAUUUAAGAAUGAGAAUACCAUGCAAAAGGUGUAAUAUGAUUUGUAUUAGUUAUUUGCUAUUAGAACUAAUUAAUCAUUAUAUAAAAUUAAAUACUAGA